AUGCGAAGCAUACUAUUCCUCUUCAUCACUCUUAUUCCUCUCAAUAUUGCACUGGACUGCAGAAAAUUCUCAUUCGCACCUGCAUGUCGUGGUAUCAUACUGAAGCGAUCGAAAGCAACUGAACAGGAAAUAUCAUCCGUAGAAACAGAUCAGAUGGUACAAAGUCUGUCGUGGUUGCUUCGACAAGCUGAGAAAGAAGGAGCAAAGGACUGUGUCCCGAUAUCAUGGAUACAACAUAAAUUGACGUUUUCAUCUUGGUUACCGAAAAUGGAGUAG